AUGUCUGAACGCGGCUCUUUCAGAGGCGGACAGUCUCGCGGCCGCGGUUCCGGCGGAGGCAGGGGAGGAGGCGACGGCGGACGGGGAGGCCGUCACCACCAGGGACAGGGCCAGCACCGCGGAGGCCACCAGGGCCAGAGCCAGGGCCAGACACAGGGCCAGCAGCAGGAGAAGCCCAAGAAGGAGAACAUCCUGGACCUGACCAAGUACAUGGACAAAGAGGUCAAUGUCAAGUUCAACGGCGGCAGAGAAGUCACCGGUGUUUUGAAGGGAUACGACCAGCUUAUGAACCUUGUGUUGGACGACGUCAAAGAGACGAUGCGCGAUGACAAUGACAAUGUAACGACUCGGUCACUCGGUCUGAUCGUGGCCAGAGGGACGUUGUUGGUCUUGCUCUCCCCGGCCGACGGGAGUGAAGAGAUUGCCAACCCCUUCGUGCAGCAGGAGGAUGAAUAG